CGUGACGUCACGGACGCCAUGAUUCUUUCUUUUUGACAACCGCAGUUGUUCGAGCGAGAUCGCGUCCACGUAUUUUCACAUAUUUCCAGAAAAUAACAAGAUGCAGAAGAAAAAGGAGCCCAUCCAGGCCGUGCAGGUCUUCGGACGCAAGAAAACCGCCACCGCUGUGGCUUACUGCAAGCGCGGCCGUGGUCUGCUGAAGGUGAACGGACGGCCGCUGGACACAAUUGAGCCCAAGGUUCUGCAGUACAAGCUGCAGGAGCCCCUUCUUCUGCUGGGCAAGGAGAAGUUCGCCGGAGUAGACAUCCGUGUGAGAGUGAAGGGAGGUGGUCAUGUGGCGCAGAUUUAUGCCAUCCGACAGGCCAUUUCAAAGGCUCUGGUUGCGUUCUACCAGAAAUACGUCGAUGAAGCCUCGAAGAAGGAACUGAAGGACAUCCUCAUUCAGUACGACCGAACUCUCCUCGUGGCUGAUCCCCGACGCUGUGAACCCAAGAAGUUCGGUGGUCCAGGAGCUCGCGCACGCUACCAGAAAUCCUACCGUUAACACUCUGCGCAUUCGUCUGUAUUUCUUUGCAAGAAUACACAGAACCUACUGAA